AUGUGCGGGCGUUACUCGUUAGUCUUGCGGCCGGCGCAAAUCCGCCAAUUGUUACAAGAUGAUGAUAUGGUCGUGGACGAAGCACCAGAAGAUGAAGGCGACGAUGCUCCCAGGCAAAGCUAUAACUUCGCCCCCGGUUACCAUGGCAUGGUCUAUCGCGCCAACACUCCAGAUUGGGGAGCAGGCCCCCCAAAACAGCACGCCAAUGCUUCUAGCGAAGUCCUAAUCAAGAAUCAUUCUCGAGAAGGGGCUGUGGAUGACACAUCCGAGUCUCAAUCCGUUAGUUAUAAGUUGCAGAGCAUGAAAUGGGGACUAGUUCCGUUCUGGACCAAACGUAAUCCAGACUUCGGUUCGACGAUGAAAACUAUCAACUGUAGGGACGACUCUCUCGCUCAAAGUGGCGGUAUGUGGAGCACCAUGAAAGCAAGAAAGCGAUGUAUCGUCAUCGCACAGGGAUUCUACGAGUGGCUAAAGAAGGAUGGAGGCCGAGAAAAGAUACCGCAUUAUGUCAAACGGAAGGAUGGCAGGUUGAUGUGUUUCGCUGGAUUGUGGGAUGUGGUACAAUAUGAGAACGACGAGCAGAAGCACUACACAUACACGAUUAUCACUACAAGCUCGAAUAAACAACUUAAUUUCCUCCAUGAUCGCAUGCCGGUCAUCUUACAGAAUGGGUCUGAUGACUUACGCAUGUGGCUGGACCCUAAACACUACGAAUGGUCAAAACAACUACAGGCUCUGCUGAACCCUUAUGAGGGCGAAUUAGAUGUGUAUCCGGUCAGCAAGGAUGUCGGUAAAGUAGGCAACAACUCGCCUACCUUCAUCAUUCCCGUCGACAGCAAAGAAAAUAAGUCCAAUAUAGCAAAUUUCUUUGCCAAGGGCGCUACGAAGAAAGGUUCAAAGAAAGAGCAACCGGAUAUCGAGGUUAAGAAGGAAGAAGGUUUCGUCACGGAAGAUUCGACUAAAGUAAAGGAAGAAAGUAAGAUUGUAGCGGGUGUCAAGAGGGAAGCUGAGGAUAUGCUCAAUGACGAGGAGCCUUUGAAGAAGCUACCUGCGACGACGAUAAACCCUCCUAGCGCAUUAGAUAAACCGCAGUCACCACAGAAAGGAGGGAGACAAAAGAUUAGUGCUACUAGAAAUCGGACGAGGAGCCCAAAUAAGACGAAGCAGCCUGGUACGCAGAAGAUAACGAAAUUCUUUGCGAAUAGUUCUUGAUGCACC